AUGGCUAUCCUUGAUAGACUUUCUACCAAGGAUAGGCUGAUUUGGUUUGGAUUGACUAUGGAUUCUGGUUGUGUUGUGUGUGGGACUGGUUUGGAGUCCCGGGACCAUCUGUUUGCAGUCUGUCCUUUCUCCAGGGAAGUAUGGAAUGCUGCUCUUAGCUCAUGUGGUUUUCGAUCUGAUAUGCUCAGUUGGGAUGAUCGCCUCAACUGGCUGAUUGAUAACUUGAGAGGCAAUUCCCUCCGUGUGCGGAUCCUCAAGCUUGCUUGGACUGCCUUCUUGUAUUAUAUCUGGGAGGAACGCAACUACAGAAGCUUCAGAGGUCUUUCUCGUUCUGUUGAUUGUAUUGUAAAUAGAAUCAGGGAAUCUGUUAAAAUCAAAUUCUAA